AAAGAAAAUCAUGAUACUUCAACAAAACAGCUGUAACGUUCCAACGAGAACAACACCUGAAGGGUUUUAUAUUUCCCAAGGAUGGGAGUCAAUUGAGAUUUUUAACGAUCUCAAUGGAGAUAUGAAAUCUAAAAUGGCGGUUGUCUUAGAUGAAAAUGAGGGCACAUGUUUUCCACUUCCAACCCAAGAAGACUUCACUCCUUUCUUAAUGAUGAGAAUGCCGACAGAACCCGUCUUUGGUAUUCAGGCAAAGGCUUUCACCAUUACAAUAUCAGGAAUGGGAAUUUCAUGUAACAGGCACUCCAAUUCUCGAAUGCUUCAGGUAUCCUACAGAGCCAUCAAGGAACUGACCCAGUUCUGUACUCUGACAGACAACAAGGCCGUACCUGACGCUUUUUCACGUUGUGUAUUUCGUUGUGACUGUCCUGACCCCGCCCACUGUAAAGAUGUCAAUCUAUAUUUGUUCAGUGGUAAUGCCAAAGGGGCGUGGUCUCUCUGUGAAGUGAAAGCUACUAAUUCCUAAGUUUGUAAAAAUAGGAAGGGGGAUUAGGACUUUUAAUAGAACAUAAGAAUAACAAGAUGAAAUUUUAUUAGCAGUUAUUUUUGCUUUUUUAAAUAUCUUAGCAAAAGAA